UUAUAAAAUGUAAUUCGUUGUUGUCUUCAGUGUUACAGUGUUUUCCUUUGCAGCUUCCCAAGUUUGUGACAACAUCAACAUUAUGCGUAUCGACUUGAUUCUAGCCACGACUAUAUGCUUUGCUGUCGUGUUCGGCAGUGCGGGAGCGGUCAAUCAACAUUGGUCCGCUCGGAGUGUGCGAACGGCCAUCCAGGUUGGCAUUCAUCGAGCACUGGAACAACAGGUACAUCUUCCAGGCACAAUUCGUUCCGAAAUAGAAGACGUCAUCGUUGAUCGCUUGGCAGAUCACUUGCUCAAGCAGAUCACCCAAAUAAAUGAGAUCACACGAGAAUCAUACACAAUUGCCAAAGAUUUCAUCGAUUCAGCCGUUAAAUCAUCAUCUAGAAGAACUCGCUGGCCCAAUGAACAAACAAUCCAUUACUUGGAAGCCGAAGUGGCCGAAGCCGAGCAAAAAAUAUCAGCUUUGCAUCCAUCCACCGGAUUAAUGAUGUCAAUCGAUUCUAAUGCCAGAAUGUCGGCUCUCAAUCUCGAGCAAAUCAUUGCUGAUGUCAUUAGCGAACUAAUGAAGGACGAAGCUUUCGUGCACAUCAUCGAGUGGCUCUCCACGCUACCUAGCGUCCUCCACGGCAUUGCAGAUGAAUUUUUAGCCAACAAAACUUUCCAAGAAAUUUUCGCCAUGUUAGGCAGUCGUUCAGAGGCGGUGCAAGGAAUGUUGGUACAAGGUGUUGUUGUACAAGACCUUCCGGCCGUCAACACCGUAACAGGAAACACUGCAGGAAAACCCUCCGGCUCGGAAUCCGUCCUCGGACUUGUCGGAGCUGGUUUGAGGGAAGCUCAAUUCAUUUUGAAAGUUGUUGCCAAAACCUAUCACCUGAUUGUUGAAGAGCAAGUGAAAAAACUGGACAAGCAAAUGGUCGAUUACCGACAACAAAUGCCUUUUAUUCCUGAAGAAGUAAUGAUGUACAUUCAAACGUCUGCUAUGCACAUGGUGAGAUUUAAAUCCGAGUAGAUUUCAACAUCUAAUGCACUUCCUUCUGUUGGACGAGUCUUAUAAAAUCCCCCCCCCCCUCCCUCGUCGCACAAAAGGUUUCACAUUAUUCAAAAGCUAGGUAAUCUUACAGGCAUAACAAUACAAGAAAUAAUUUUAUCUGUG